AGAAAAUUCGCAUAGACUUUUUUUUUUUUUUUUAAUCGUGAUAAAGACUCGAGAGUUGAGAAUUUUUUGGGAACAAAGAGGGCGCAUACAUUUUGGGGACAUAGGAUUUGGACUCGGAAAAUAUACGCGCUACAAAUGAGGUGUAUGUGUUGAGAAAAAUGGAAUAUGUGCCCAAUUUUACCUACAAAUAAGAAACAUAAGCCCAAUAUCAUGACCCAACUCUCCUUUCCCACUCCCACUUAAUUUGGGCCUGGGUUCAAUCCGCCGAUAAAAUCAGCAUUUACCCGUUUAAACCCUACGCGCGCAGAGCCAAAAGAAGCAAAAACCCUAGGAAGAAAAACGAUGAAACGACUUCAGCUUAGAAAUCUGUGUCUCUACGCUCGUACUCGUCUUCUCUCUCCUUCCUGCUACAAUCCGGGAUCCCAACUCGCUCCACUCGCUGCUUCGACUCGGCCCAGACUUCGCUUCUACUCGACUGAGUCUUCAUCGCACAACCAAGAGGAGGAUGUCGGUAACGAAGAGCUGAAAAUGCAAAUUGACAAGUAUUUUCGAGGGGAUGAGGAGGCCAUACCAUCAAUCUUUGAAGCAAUUUUGAAGAGGAAGUUGACGGGGAAGCAUGAAGAGGAUGAUAAAAAGCUCAUGGAAGAAAUUCCCGGGAAGAGGCAGGAGGAGCCACUGAGUGACAUAGAUGACGAACAAGAGACUAAAUCUGAUUUUGAUGAAGGCUCUGACAGUGAUCGGUGAUGAAAGCCAAAUCCACGCUAUUUCGCUAAAACAAACACGGAGAUUACUUCAAAAACAUAAAAAACAUUGUGCAGAGCUCACAGGCCUUGUAACAAACAAGCUCUCUAGUUUCAAAUAGAAGCAGUUAAUUUCUAUCUAGAUAGUCAGCCAGUCCUACACCCCUCAACGCUGUUAGAAACGGUAUAAAUGUAAGCAAAACUUAUUCAAUUGCACGAACGAAAAGUUAUUCAGUUCAUGCCUUGUCUGUUUGUUCAUGUGUUUGUGGAUGCGGAUGUUUCCUUCAUGUGGUGGUGGGUGGGUGGAAGAAGUUCAAGGGCUUUACUAAUGCAGAAGAAAGUGACCCUAAACCCAUUGACGUUAAGCUUAGCAUUUUGUUGUGUGUGCUGUGCAUUCAGAAAAGCCGACUUGAAUGUUUCCCAUUCUCGUUCUUGAUUUAGUGUGAAGAAUGAAGAGGGUCAAUUA